AUGAGUGGGAUUUUAGUAUGGGAGGAGGAGAUUGCGAUUAUGAAGGCAUUUACAGAGGGAUGCUUGAGUAAGAGAGAAAGCCUGCCUAUUUAUGAGAUUGUUUCCCAAUAUUCCAAGCAUGCAGCAUGCGAGGGAAGAUCCAAGGCAUGCCUGAAGAUGGUUGUGAAGGCAAUCAGAUGUUUUAUAGACAAGAGGGCAAGGAAGCUAUAUGAUGCCAGUAGUGAAGAGGUUUCGUUAGAGCUUUGUAGAAUUGACCAGCACUUGAAGGAAACAGAGAAGCUAUUUGAGAGAGUGUUUUGGCCUGUAGUGGUGAACCGAAAUAUGUUUUUCAGCAGGAUGUUCCGAAGACAGUUUAAUCGGUUUGCAAAAAAAAUGAGCGAGAGGAUUGCAGAGUUUUUGAUGCUGUGCAUUGGAGACGGAACAAUUGGCAAUAUUGAUGAAAGGCAUGAUGCAGAAGCGAGUUUAAGCAUCAAGAAGCAAAAGCUUAGCACCGGAGAUAUUGGAAAGUCCGGACUGCAUAAUUAUGAGUGGUGUUGGCAUCAUAAGGACGGCAAGGAAGAGAUUCAUGAAUCAAGCAAGAAGAUGCAGAAGGUGAUGGAUGUUUUGAAGGGCAGAGGAUGUUUUAAGAUGUUUACAGAAAGUAUUGUUAGGCAUGUGUCUGGUAGAUAUAAGAGAAUAGUAGAAGAGAAAAGAAUGAAACUGUCUGAAGUGAGGGGAUUUAUUGAUAGUCAAAGAGAAAGCAAGUAUAUCGCGGAGUGUUUCUAUGAAGUUGAAUCUGGAUUGGUGAAGGGCCUGAUAUCAAAGAUGCCUGAUUGCGAGAUAUUCAGUAUACUUGAUGAGGAAAACGAGAUGAGCUAUUGUGUAGAUUUUUUUGUUGUAUCUGAAGAAGAGGCGAGAUUUGUUGAGGUAGUGAACAAGUAUUGUAACGAGAAGAUGAAUGGAGUCGGUGCUGAUGAUUUUGUGGGCUGCUAUUAUUGGAUAUGCACUAAACUUAAGAUUAUUGAGAAUUACCGAGGCAGUAACGAAAGCAUUAUUGAGGGAAUUAAGAGUUGCAAAAGAAUGCUUGUUAACCGUGAUUCUAACAAUACUGCUAACGGAAUAUGCAGAUGGACAGAUUGGAUACUGAAACAAGUGUCGUUUGAAUGUGAGAAUGUGAGUGAAUGUUUUGGAUGGAUGUUUCCUGAAUGCAAGCAAGCAUGGAGGAUAAAUAUGGAGGAUGCUAUUAGCAGUGUGUGUGUUCCUGGCGAUGCCGAGCAAGGAAAGAUUGUACUUGAGUGUAUAUUGAUGGAUGUUUUCCGGGAGAUUGGAGAGGUGUUUCGAUUUUGUGAAGACAAGAAAGGCCUCGAGUGUUCAUUGCGCAAAUACCUUGGGGAGAGGCUCUUAUCUGGAGCAGAUGUGUAUGUAAAUGAGGAGUUGAUGCUUAUUGAUGCAAUUGGAGUUUGUGCAGGAAAUGUGUAUGCAGAUAAGAUGAAGUGCAUGCUGAAAGAUUUUUGUGGGAUCGAGAAGUUUUAUCAGAAUGAUAUUUUACUUCUGCGUGCAUGCAAAUGGCCUGAGUAUGAAAGCUUUGAUUUGGAUAUAUAUGAAGCGAAUGAAGUUAAGGAGAAGUAUAUGCUGGAGGUGGUGAAGAGCGCAAAGAAAAGAAUACACUGGAACGACCUGCUGUCUUCAUGCGAUGUUGAGAUUCUUGGAGUGAGUGCCAGAAUUUCUUUAGUGCAAUACAUGAUCAUCAAGUUGAUAGCGGAUAAUAGCAAACGACUUAAUGGACUUGAAAUCUCUAAAUUGUGGAAGAGCCAUAUGGAGCGACUGGUAGAGAUAGGGCUUGUGAGUGUUGAUGGGCUGAGCUAUGGAUUGAAUUUUGAUUGGAAGUGUAAGCUUGAUUUUGUUUCUCUUGUUCCUGAAGGAUGCCUGCUGAAGGGAUUUGUAGAAUCUCCAAAGAUUAUUGAAAUGCCUGAUUCGCUUAACGACAUUGCGGACUGUAGAAUAAUGAAGGAGAUGAAGGCCAGAAAAGAGGCAGAAAGGGAAAAACUUAUAGAAUUAAUUGGGCAGGAAAUACCGAACAGUCUGGUUGAUGAACGAAUUGCAAGCUUGGCCAACAGAGAAUUUUUAAGCAUCGAUGGAGAUAUAUUAAAGUAUGUACCAUGA